UUAGGAUAAACCGAGCCGUCCCUGUGCUCGCACCUGAUUGGCCGCUCGGCCGGAAGUAAACAUCACGUGACUGCGAGAAUCAGCUGAUCCUCCGUAGACAUCUUUACGAGUCACGACUGCAGCGAUUAAUUCAUACCUCCUUGACUGGGAUUUUCAGGCCCCGGCCCUUCUGUGACAGCUGCAACCAUGGCGCUCAGCGAUGCCGAUGUACAGAAGCAGAUCAAGCACAUGAUGGCCUUCAUUGAGCAGGAGGCCAAUGAGAAGGCAGAGGAAAUUGACGCAAAGGCAGAAGAAGAGUUCAACAUCGAGAAGGGCCGCCUGGUCCAGACCCAGAGGCUGAAGAUAAUGGAGUACUACGAGAAGAAAGAGAAGCAGAUUGAACAGCAGAAGAAAAUUCAGAUGUCCAACCUGAUGAACCAGGCCCGACUGAAGGUCCUGAAGGCACGUGAUGACAUGAUCUCGGAAAUGUUGAAUGAGGCUCGCCAGCGGCUCGCCAAUGUUGCAAAGGACCCAGCCCGGUACCAGACUCUGUUGGAUGGCCUGGUGUUACAGGGAUUCUAUCAGCUUUUGGAGCCUAAAGUGACCAUUCGCUGCCGCAAGCAGGACGUGCAGCUGCUACAAGCAUGCAUCCAGAAGAACAUUCCCAUAUAUAAGGCGGCGGUGAAGAACAACCUGGAGGUCCGCAUUGAUCAGGACAACUUCCUCUCCCCGGAUAUUUCUGGAGGCAUUGAGAUCUAUAACGGUGAUGGGAAGAUCAAGGUGUCCAACACCCUGGAGAGCAGACUGGACCUCUUGGCUCAGCAGAUGAUGCCCGAAAUCCGAGUGGCUCUCUUCGGUGCCAACCCCAACCGCAAGUUUAUGGACUGAGUUGCUCUGCUGCUGCUGAGAGAAGACUUCUUUUUAUUUUUUAUUUUGUCAUAUAAAAUAUUUAAUUCCUGUGUCUGUGAAAUGAAUUUCCGAUGCAAUUCCAGCUCAAAAGAGACACGUUGUUGUUGUGUGAUGUAUUGCUGUAUUUUUCUGUGCAUUAAGGGACUGGACAGAUACUGUAACUCCAGAUUGCUGAUGUGCAUAGGAGCUACUCGUGCACAGAUGUAAUGGUUUACUCUGCUGCUCCCGACCACGGGUCUCGGUUUACACUGCUUUGUCACUAUGUGAUUGGCUGGAUGUUUAACAUUUCAGACUCUGAUUGGAUCAGUCUUCAUGACAAAUACAGCAGCUAUUCCAUGUUUUUCCCCCCAGUUUCACAUUAACCCUUACCCCACAUGAUAAGUUGCAUGGAGCAUUGUCUUGUUAAUGGGUAUCUGCUCCAGCCAAUCACAGAGAAAUGAAGUAUUAAAGGAAAAAAGCUGAAGACAAGAUAAGACCUUACUAAGUUAAUUUAUUGAUGUUACAUCUACUGUAUGUUCUUAUGACGUGAAUUAGAUGAUUGGGUGAUGUUAUCAUUCCAAAGGGUGCACUGUAUGUAUAUGAGGACUCCAACUUAUCUGUAUGUACGAUUGUGUGUUUUGUUUUGUUUUGUUGAUUUUCUUGUUCUGUUUUUUUUUUUUUUUUUUUCAGUUGUCUCCAUCUGACAAUGUCAACAUUGUGGAAACAUAUAAUAAAGUAUAAAUCAUUAGUAUCA